AUGUGUGUCGGAUUGAUUGUUUUAUUGGAGUGGUUACAGGUCAGCAUGUUGUCGGGCGAUGAGGAGCCAAGCAGGAAGCAACGAAUGGGCAAUCUGACACGCAUCCGAAAAUAUGCUUUCGUCAGAAAACGAGAAACGGCAGUAAAAUAUGCAAGUUUGGUGGUGCUGGUCAUUCAAAAUGCAGCGCAAGUGCUCGUUAUGCGCUACGUGCGAACGCGUCCACGCGAAAUGUUCCUCUCCACUGUGGCGGUUUUUUUCACCGAAGUUGUUAAACUGGUUGCCUGCUUCCUGUUGAUUAUUGCUGAGGAAAGGAGCGUAAGCAAGUGA